AUGUCUCAUCACGUUGGAGAGAAGCCUCGUGGCCAGGCAGUCGUGGUCACAGAGCCUUCGCACUUUGAGUCGCACCAUGUGCCCGUUGUUGAUAUCCCACUCGAUUUUGAAGAUCCCCAUCGGGCUGCCCUCGAAGAUAACCCAGAGAAAGCCGAGACAUUGACAUGGAGGACCUUGCUCGCAGUCCUGUCUCUCUCGUUCUCAUACGUCUGCCCCAUCUCUUGUGGCUUCGUGCUCAUCACGGGUAUCUUGGAGCAAGUAGGCACAGAUCUCGGAGACACGGAGAACAUAACAUGGAUCGUGGGUGGCUGGUCCAUUGCUUCGUCCGUCAGUUUUUCCAUUGCGGGAUCUCUAUCGGAUAUCUUUGGCCGCCGCUAUACGAUAGUUUCAGGUGAAGUGCUUGCAAUGGUUGGAUCGAUCGUGGCUUGCACGGCGCAGACCACUCUUACUCUCGUGGCCGGAUCCACUGUCAUCGGCUUCGGAUGCGGUAUAAUCUUUGUCUCUUAUGCCGGGAUCCAGGAGCUGGUGCCCAACAAAUGGCGUGGAUUGUUGGGCCUUACCGAGUGUGCCAUGACCAUCCCAUGGGCAGCUGCCGGAACACUUAUCGCAACGACCCUCAAUGCAAACACGGCCCAUGGCUGGAGAUGGUGUUACUAUAUUGGCCUCAUUUACGGCGUCCUCAGCAUGAUUGGCACGUUAGUAUUCUACUGGCCACCAGAACGUCCGCAGUACGACUUUGAAAAAUCUCGAUGGCAAGAAAUCAAGGAGAUCGAUUACAUUGGCUUCCUGCUGUACACUGGUGGUCUGGUUAUCUUCCUCAUCGGGCUCACCUGGGCUGGAACUACGGGUCAUGCCUGGAAAUCGGCUUCAGUGAUCGCGCCAAUCGUGGUUGGCAUCUUGACUCUGGCUGCCUGUUUUGUCUACGACUUUACGCUAGCGAAGCAGCCUUUCUUCCCAUUGCACCUCUUCCGACAGGUGCGCGAGUUCACGGUACUCUUGGUCGUCGUCUUCGUCGCUGGUGCCGUGUUCUACUCCUUUGCCGGACUACUACCUCAAGGGUCACUCUAUAUGUUUACCAAUGACCCCAUCCAAAUCGGUAUCAUUGCCCUACCCAACGGUAUCGCGCAAGUCAUCUUUGGCGGUCUCGCUACCAUUGCUAUGGGUCACGUCGGCCAUCUCAAACUACAGGUCAUCAUCAUGUUGACCAUUCAGACCGUUUUCGUGGCGGCUUACUCUGGUGUGGUUCCAUACAACCGAGCCGGCUGGACUGCCUUCCAAUUCUUUGCUCAGGGCCCAUUCGCGCUCAUCACACUGCUAUGCUAUGUCAUUGCCGGUUUGAACGUGCCUCUGAAACAUCUGGGUUUGGCAUCCGGUUUGAUCGGCACUUUCCGCAGUGGUGGCGGUAGUGUAGGCAACGCCGUUUUCAACACUAUCUUGAAUGGUGUAAAGAAUGAGCAGAUCCCUAAGCGCAUUGCCGCAGUUGCCAUGGCGCACAACAUGUCGUCUGAUGCGCUUGCUCUUCUGAUACCCGCCACGAUUGAAAACGCAGUGGGAGUGCCUGGUGCUUUCAGCACUGUGCCUGGGAUUACACCCGCGAUUGAAGAGGCGGCUGCCAUUGCUUUCAAAGAGGCUUACGCAUAUGCAUUCCAGAGAGUGUUCUGGGCAUCGAUACCGUUUGGCGUUCUUGCUAUCGGCUGUGCCAUGCUCAUCAAGGAUCCUUCACAGUAUCUGACGAAUCAUACGGCUAUUCAUAUGAUAAAGGGGUCGUCGAAAGCUCAGCAUACCGUCACUCAGACCGAAGAGAAGCAUGCAUGA